AUGAUGCUCAGCCCGGACCAAGCGGCGGAUUCCGAUCACCCCUCCUCGGCUCCCUCGGACCCGGAGUCCCUGGCGGGGACCGACGCCAAGGGGCUGCUGGGCUGCUGCGUCUCGGACCCGGAGCCGGUGGAGGAGGGCGGCGGCGAGGGCAAGGGGGGUGGCCGGGCGGCCCUGCACCCCCAGCAGCUGAGCCGCGAGGAGAAGCGGCGCCGGAGGAGGGCCACGGCCAAGUACCGCUCGGCCCACGCCACCCGCGAGCGGAUCCGGGUGGAAGCCUUCAACCUGGCCUUUGCCGAACUGCGCAAACUGCUGCCCACCCUGCCCCCGGACAAAAAACUCUCCAAGAUCGAGAUCCUGCGCCUGGCCAUCUGCUACAUCUCCUAUCUCAACCACGUGCUGGACGUGUAG